CUCCCACCCUAACCACCGCCACUAAUCCUUGAGAGCAAUUGAUGGCGUUAGUGCUGCUGGUCUGUCAAUGGAGCAGGGCGAGGCUGUGCGCAUGCGCCGUGGGAGCGACCCCUCCCUCCGCUCUUGUCUGACUCGGUCUGGGAAGGAAGAGGAUCUCUGGUGGAGACCCGGGGAGGCUGUCAGGUUCGGAUAGUUUUGGGUUGUGGUCUCUGACGGAUCAGCUGUGACCCACUUCCUCCUCUUCAUCCUCCUCCGACUUGAAAAAAGGCGCAGCGGUGAAGAUGUCUGGCUACCAGGGCAAGAAGAACAUCCCCCGGAUCACUAGCGACCGCCUCUUGAUCAAAGGAGCGAAGAUCGUGAACGAUGACCAGUCCUUCUGCGCUGACAUCUACAUGGAGGAUGGUGUCAUUAAGCAAAUUGGGGAGAACCUCAUCGUUCCCGGCGGGGUGAAAACCAUCGACGCCCACGGUCGCAUGUUGAUGCCGGGCGGCAUCGACGUGCACACGCGCUUCCAGAUGCCCGACCGGGGAAUGACAUCCGCUGACGACUUCUAUCAGGGCUCCAAGGCGGCGCUGGCCGGCGGAUCCACGAUGAUUAUUGACCACGUGCUGCCGGAGCCCGGCGUCAGCCUCCUCUCCGCCUUCGAGCAGUGGCGUGAAUGGGCCGACAGCAAGUCCUGCUGCGACUACUCGCUGCACGUCGACAUCACCGAGUGGCACCGGGGCAUCCAGGACGAGAUGGAGACGCUCGUGAAGGAUCACGGUGUGAACUCCUUCCUGGUCUACCUGGCCUAUAAGGAUGUUUUCCAACUCACUGAUGCUCAGGUGUACGAGGUGUUCAGUGUGAUCCGUGAUCUGGGAGCCGUCGCUCAGGUCCACGCCGAGAACGGAGACAUCGUAGCCGAGGAGCAGCGACGGAUUCUGGAGCAGGGGAUCACCGGGCCGGAAGGACACGUGUUGAGCCGUCCUGAGGAGGUGGAGGCAGAAGCUGUUAACCGUGCCGUGACUGUAGCCAAUCAGACGAACUGCCCGCUGUACGUUACCAAGGUGAUGAGCAAGAGCGCUGCUGAUGUCAUCGCGCAGGCAAGGAAGAAGGGUACUGUAGUUUACGGAGAGCCGAUCACUGCUAGCCUGGGAACGGACGGUUCACACUACUGGAGCAAGAACUGGGCCAAAGCAGCAGCUUACGUCACUUCCCCUCCUCUGAGUCCCGACCCAACCACACCAGACUAUCUCAACUCCCUGCUGUCUUGUGGUGACCUGCAGGUGACAGGAAGUGCACACUGUCCCUUUAAUACUGCCCAGCGUGCUGUGGGGAAAGACGACUUCAGUUUAAUUCCUGAGGGUGUCAAUGGCACCGAGGAGAGGAUGUCUAUAAUCUGGGACAAAUGUGUGGUGACUGGCAAAAUGGACGAAAACCAGUUUGUUGCCGUGACCAGCACCAACGCCGCCAAGAUUUUCAACCUGUACCCCCGUAAGGGCCGCAUCGCUGUGGGUUCGGAUGCUGAUCUGGUCCUAUGGGACCCAGACAUUACGAAGAUUAUCUCUGCCAAGAGCCACAACUCGACUGUGGAGUACAACAUCUUUGAGGGCUUGGAGGUGCGUGGCGGGCCCCUUGUGGUCAUCAGCCAGGGGAAGAUCGUCUUGGAGGAGGGGACCCUCCAUGCCACGGAGGGCUCGGGACGUUUCGUGGCUCGCAAACCUUUCCCUGACUACGUCUACAAGAGGAUAAAGGCUCGCAGCAGGCUGGCCGAGCUGAGGGGUGUGCCUCGGGGGCUGUACGACGGUCCGGUCUGCGAUGUGUCCGUCACGCCCAAAGCCCUGACUCCUGCCUCCUCUGCCAAGACCUCACCUGCCAAACAACCCAACCAGCCAGUCCGCAACCUGCACCAGUCUGGCUUCAGCCUGUCCGGUGCUCAGAUCGACGACAACAUUCCUCGCAGGAACACCCAGCGCAUCGUGGCUCCGCCGGGCGGCAGGGCCAACAUCACCAGCCUGGGUUAGAGCUCCGCCCCCUCCCCCCAACCUGCUGAGGAGGAAACGCACAAAUCAAAGGAUGGCGUUCAGCAGCUGAGCAGGUUGACAAGAAACGCCACAACAUCCGGGGUGAAUCGAAACCUUCGAGGCGCCAGCUUUGGUGGAAAACUCUUCCUCCUUCGCAGUUUUCUCCAAAAUUCUCUCAUCCUCAAAUCCCGACUCCUACUGGACACACCAAGACACAAACAAAACAAACAAUAAGAUCUGCCUCAUGAUGGGGGAAAAGAGAAACGUAACACUGCUUUUUGUGCACUUUUAAUUCGUUGUUCGUUUUCUUGUACUUUUGCCAUUUGUUUUUGACGUUUGCUGUUUUUACUGAGGGUUCAGGCAAGUCUAAAACUAUUUACGCAGUUAAAGGGAUAGUCCAAAUGUUUUGAAGUAGAUUGUUAAUACCAUUUUGAAAGCUCAGCUUGGAGAAAUGGAGUUUCAAUCAAAUUAACGGAAUAACAACCUAGAUUGGGGGGGACAAGACCAAAACAGAUGAGAAUUAAACUUCAUUUCUCCAAACGGAGGUUGUUCAACAAAUGUCUACAACAGGUAAGACACUAACUGUUCAUAACCUUUCCACAAAAUCCCACUUCAAAGACUUGAACUAUCUUUUUAGGGAAAUAGAAUGAAGUUUAUGAAAGACGUUAAUUGUAUUUUUUUGUUUACGGCUGAAACAGAAUGGGUACAAACCAAGUAUUUGAUGUUUUCUUAUUCUUUUGUUUAAAAAAAAAAAAGAAAAAAAAAGCCAAACGUGAACUUGUUUAAUAAUUAAAAUAUUCUUAUAAUUUUGCAGUCAGGUCAGAAAAGCUUUGACAAACUGCAUUUUGGCUGCUUUUCUUCUCAGUAUUUAUUAAGUUCCCAUAAGAUCUGCCUUAAGAGUUGAAAUGUUUAUAACAAUCUGUCAAAUUUACGUUUUAAACUCUUAAGGUGUAAUAGUUCUGCGUCAGCUGGAGAACUUUACAAAAUCGAGGGAGCUUUGGCAGCUUUGUGUUUCAGUUUAAAGUCAUAAAUACGUAGCAGAAUUUUUGCUUGAGAUUUAUGUUUGCAAAAAAAAAAAAAGUUUUACUCGGUCAAACUGAGCCUUUCCUUGCCUUAUUAUCUGUUAUUGUUCUUUUAGAGCACUUUUACAAGUGCAGGGAAGGUGCCAUUCACUACUCCGCUGCUCAUUUUCCGUUUAGUUUGCAUUCCUGAACCCUAAAGGUCCGGCUUUCUUGACUGACGGCUGCAGAAGCGUCCAAUUGCAAUGGUUCCCAACUCUGGUCCUUGAGGAACACCAUUCUGCAUGUUUUAGUUGUUUUCCUGUUUUGAAACACCUGAUUUUAAUAAAUCUGUGAUUAUAAGGCUUCUGCAGACCUUGGAAAUAAUUAAAUCACAGAAUCAGGUGCGCUGGAGCAGAAGAACAACUAAAACAUGCAAGGUGGCGUUCCACAAGAACCACUGUUGGGAGCCACACGAUGUAACCGCUUGAUUCCUUCCACUCUUUAUGUGCCUGAACCCACAGAAGUUGUAUCAAUAGUCUGAAUUUCUUUGUUUUUAUUUAAUUCUUUCGGAGGUAACUGAAGGAUGUAAGAUAAAAAAAAAAGAUGUAAAAUAGCUAGGAUAAACCGAUUCAAAGGUGCCAGAUUUUGUGCUUUCACGGGGCCUCAUCAGGAGAUAGAGCCUCAGUAAAGCUGAAAAAAAAAAGCUCGAUAUCUUGAAAUGUACUUUAUGUUUUUAGAGUUUUUACCUUGUGGUCGAACUGCUUUUUAGUGUUAUUCUGUAACUAUAUAGGUGCCUGAAGGCUGAGCACUAUGAUUUCUGCUUGAUGGUAGACACGAGUGUGCGGUGUUGAUGGGAGAGGGAUGGGGCAGCAGACUCGUUUAUAACGCUCUGAAAAGUUCCAUCAAACUUAACUUUUAUUGUUUGAGACACAAAUCAGCUUCCGUUCAGGAAGUUUUCUGGGUUUUAAAUGAACUCUCCUCCUCCUGCAAGACUCGGAGCUCAUCCAGAUUUGGAUAAAACCUGCAAGCCAGCUGUUUAUUACAUUUUUAACGGCGCUGAAAUUCUGAAAGUUUAAAAAUUUAUCUCGAGAGACCGAAGUUUUCACUUUUUUUGUAAAUUUGGCUCAUGAAUUGACAUUUAUGCACAAACAUGAUGCGUUUAUGUAUUUUAAAAGCAAGAGCAGAUUUCUCAAGAAAUUUUACCGUUGAGUGUUUCAGUCACCGAUUCUGGUUAUUUUCAUUAUUGAAGUUGGCGUCAGUUUGUUUUAAAGCCAAGCUAAAGGCUGUGUUUAUGAAGGCGGCUGGACAUUUAUUGCUUUGUUUAAAUCUGUUUCACCUCUCACAAUUUAAACAAAAGUUUAGCCUUAAAACUCAGUUAUGCAAGUAGAAUUCUCAUGCAAAUUACUCUCCCUCCUCUCCUCCUCAAGGUUUCAACUUUCUAGCUCAUAUCAUCUAGUUCUAAAUCAAAUUCUCAUGUUAGUAGAAAAUAAUAAAGUUGCAAGUCUAAAAUGAACCAUCUAUAAACAUCCUGAUGCAUGCUCAAUAAUCCAGAUUGAAAAAUCUAAAACUGUUAAAUCU